UAGCAGAGCCUGGUGAUCUGGUGAUGGCAUGAGCAGCCAGGGAUACGACGACAGAAGCUGCUGUCGGAUACAGUCUGUAAUUGUGUCCUAAACAAUUUAUCUUUGCUAGUCCUGUAAAAGCGGGUCCAGUUCAUUAGAAACUAUUCCGAGUAUUCGUAAGCUUUCGUUCACUGGCCUACACGCAUUGACCUGUACACAAGGUCUUCGUCGCUAAAACUGAGUGGACUGGACAAGGAUCCCAAGUCGGUUGGCCUCUGGUUCGAGCUCGUCUGUCAUCAAGCUUUUCGUCCCAUUUCUUAGCGCGCCCUCCUCCCUUCACACAGGACCGUCGGCAAAUCCCAAUGUCGCACCAGCUAGCAACAGGCCAUUGCUGAACACGGGCAGAAAUGGACGUCACAGUCAGUGACACCAACACGCUAGCCGAAGCGGCUGGUUUGCUGGAUGACUCGGCCGACAGCAAGAAGCCUGACAAAACGGCUGCCGUGGUGGACACUGGCAAGAAGACACGGGAAUUUGUUGAUGGAACGGUCGCAGACCUUGUGGAACUCGAAGCACUGCAGUCCACGCCGACUUGCUUCCUGGUCAUCGGAAAGCCGGGCAUUGGAAAAUCGUCGCUGGCUUCUCGCGUUGCCAAGUCCUGGGGCUGUGUACAUGUGAAUGUCCGCAACUCCAUACUGCAAGCCAUCGCCGAAGAAUCCGAUAUAGGAAAGAAGUGUGCAGAGCUUCUAGAGAAUGGAGAGGCGGUAGGUCCGGAACUGGCCAUUGAAGUGAUGAGGCACAGAAUGACAUUGCCAGAUGUUGCUCACUAUGGCUACAUCCUGGAUGAUAUACCGUGUGCCGGUGAGCCCAGCCUGACCUGUAAACAGCAACUGGAGAUCAUCAAGUCACUGCGUAUGAAACCGGACGUCAUUAUCAACUUGAAGAUGAAGGAUGUUGACAUAAUCUUAAGGAGAGAAGGCCAGAAAGUUGACCCACUGACCGGAGAUGUGUUCAUCCAGAAUGUGCAUUCCGGCAAGCCGAAGAGUGAGGAUUCAGAUGAUGAAGAAGAGCAGGAACAGAAAGAGUCGGGGGAAGGCCAAGAUGGAGAAGACGAGGAAGAAGGUGAUGAAGAUAAUGAGGAGGAGGAACAACAGGAGAGCAAAGACGACCCAGCUGCGUUUGUGGUGACAACACUUCCUCCUGAGGUAUGCGAGAGGCUGGUCAGGCGCGACCUGGAUGAGCCGGAUCGCAUCAAAGAAGGCAUGAGAAUGUACAAGGAGAUGCUGCUGACCGGACUGGAAGAUGCACUGGCUAAUCACGAGCGCACAAAGCUGAUGCAGAUAACAAGUGAUAUCCCCGAAGGCGAUGUUUUCAGGUCUUUCACCAAACUCUUGGCCCCGAUGAAUGUGAGGUUAUCGUAUCCUGUGAAGCGGCUUAACCGCUCCGGUGAUGACGGUGAUGACGAGGAUGAUGCAGAUAACCUGACGGAUAUGGAAGGCGAGGAUCCAGCUGCGUAUGACACGGACGAGAUGAUGCGCCUGCUGGCAUCCACCCAGCCACCGGGACCUGGAUUUCGAUGGAAGAGAAGCCGCUGGGGCCGCUACUGUCCCGUUGAGCUGAGCCGCGGCAAUCUGGCCUUGGGAAGAAUUGAGCUGGCUGUCAGCUUCCUAAGUCGCUGCUAUUGUUUGUCCUCGGUCGAGGCGUUCCAAGAGUUCCGUCGCAACCCGCGGCGCUUUCUGGUUGGAGACAUGCCCCGUAAUCCGGUCAAAAUCGCCGUUCUUGGUGGUCCCAAGACUGGAAAGUCAACUCUUUGCCACGAGCUGGCUGCUCACUACGGAGCCGUUGUGAUUGAUCCGCAGGAGUUGAUCGGACCAUUCUUGAAAACCCUUCACACCAAGAAGAUCGAGGCAGCUAGAGCCGAGAGUUUGGAGGUCGCCAUUGACACCGUGCGCAUGAAGAUCAUGACCUCUAACACGGAAGGACAAGACGAGGACGAGAAGGAAGCCGAGGCCGACCGUGUUUCUGGUGAUCAUCCCGAUGUCCGUGUGAUUGUGGCCGACGCUGUUGCUGCUGCUGAACAGGAGGUUCCAGAGGCAACAGGAGAGGCGUACAUCGAACUCCUGGAGGCCGAAAUCAAGAAACUGGAGGCAGAGAGGAAGGAAAAAUCACCCAACGAACCUUAUGCCGGUAGAUGGAUCGUGGAUGGAUUCCCAAGUCAACGAGAACACUGGCUGGCACUGGAAGAGGUGGAGAACCCUCGAUCAAAGCCUGACUUGGUUGUAGUGCUUAGCGACAGCAGCAAGAACGGUAUCGACUUGAUGAAUCGCUGGAAGAAGAUGUACGGUGUAGAAGCUGCGCCGGCCAAGACUGAUUCCACUGAUGCAUCUGGUGGAACAGCUACAGAGAGUGACACUGCUUCUUCUCGGUCUGGCAUGCCGCCGGAAAUCAAACAGCUGGCAGAGAAGCGGUCUACGUACGAUAGCAACAUCUCGUCACUGCUGACUCUCAUCAAGUCUUCUGGCAUAGAACCAGUUGAUUUGGAGAUAGUGCAACCAAUAGAAGAUGCUGUACGGACCAUAACUGAUCUGAUAGAAGAGCCAUUCAAACUGGUUGCGACUGAAAUGACCCAGCAGGACGAAGAGGAAGAGGCGGACGAUGCAUCAGAGAGGCAAAAGGCGGGGAACUUUGCCUUCGGAGGUGACGACGAUGAUGAUGAAGAUGAGGACGACGAGGAUGAGGAGCCACUAGGUGGCGACAAGAACUGGGGACCGGCACAUCACUACUGUCCCGUGGCACUGCAGCGGGACGGGGUGCUACGGCCUGGGAAUCCAGAGUACGGGUGCCGAUACCUAAGCAAUGUCUACCAUUUCAUGGAUGAAGAAAGUCAAAAGCUCUUCCUGCAGAAGCCAGAACAGUUUCUUCCAGAAAACGGUGUUGCUGAGCCUCCUCCGAUGCGAAUAUCCAUAGUGGGACCAAAGGCUUCCGGAAAGACCGCCCAUUGUCGAAUUCUAGCAGACGAGCUGGGCAUUUUCCACAUCGACUUCCGUGCUCUCCUCCAAGAGUACCUGGUGCCUAAACUGAAGGUCCCAGUUGGUCGCAAUCCCGAUGACAUUCCAGUGGAUGAAGUGGAGGCUGAGGAGAAGGCUGCUGAAGACGUGAUCGAGGCCGAGUUCCAAGCGGAGAGGAAAGAGGCACUGGCACUGGAGGAAAAAGAAGCCCGGGAAGCAGAAGAAGCAGCCGCGGAAGGAGAAGAUGGAGAAGAUGAGAGUUUGAAGGAACCCAAGGAUGAGAGCGGCGACUCUGGAGAUCAAUCCUCAGCAGCCAAAGCCGAACAGGAAGAGGCGAAAGAAAGCAUAUCUCCGUCGGGGAAAGACGAUUUUGCGUACCAGGACGAUAACUUCUUCCAGUAUGUCGAGGAUGAAGGUUCGGAAGAGCCGCAGCUCGAUGAGUUUGAAGAAAGCAUUCGUGCCUACCUGGCUGAUGGAGAUGCAAUGUCCAAUGAUGUCGUUGAAAAGGUUCUCAAGCAGUUUUGGUACCAUGACCGCUAUCGCCAUUCCGGCUUCAUUCUAGAAGGAUUUCCUAACUCAAGUGACGAUGUUCGAGUGAUGGCGGAAAUCGGUCUCUUGCCUGAUAUGGUUCUGGCUCUGACUGUUGAGGAAGAUAUGGUGGUGAAGAGACUGCUGCCAGGUCGACUAGAACGCUUUAAGGAGAAGCUGGCACGCCGCAAGAAGCGCAACCAGGACCGAAUGGCCCUGAGGAAGAAAGAGCGCCAGGAGGACCGUGAGCGUGCAAUGGGCAGACGAAGGGUGCAGCUCCGUAGAGGGUUGCUGGAGCAGCAGGCUGUUGACCGUGCUGAGCGAGCUGCACGCAGGGAGGAGAGAGGCGAGGACUCUGAUUAUGAGGAGGAAGAACCAGAGGACAACAUUGAGGAAGAACUGGAGACACUGUUGGCCGAAGAAUUCGCUGACGAUGAGGAAGACCAAGCUGACGAGGAAGAGGAGGAAGAAGAAGAGGAUGAUAUUGAUGAGGCUGAAGAGAAGAUGACGGGAACGAUUUCUGAGGACCUUGAGAGUGAGCAAGAUGGGAUAUCAGGUGUUGUGGAGGUGCUUGGUAAUGUGGUGGUACCCCAUGCUGAGAUUGAUGCCAAUCGUAAGAUUCCAGUGGUGCGUUAUCUGAUCAAGAAGGCACUGGAGAAAUACUGGGACCACCGACAGUCGCUCCUGACGAAUGCCAUCCCGAUUGACCCAGACUCUGCUUUUCGGAUGGCUAAAGUCGGCUACAAGAAGGCGAGCAAGUUUGGCUCAUGUUGCCCAGUCGAGUUGAUGGAAGGAAUGUUGACGAUGCCGUUUCAAACUGGCCCCGGUUCCAAGAAAGCGUUCCCUGUUGUCAUGCUUGAGCACAUCUACUACUGCUCCAGUCAGCGGGCACGCUCUCUCUUCAUUGCCGACCCGCUCAAGUACCUGUCGCAGCCACCGCCACACCCAACCGUGCCUCUCAAGAUGGCGAUUGUUGGUCCACCAAAGGUGGGCAAGACCUUGGUUGCUCAGUACAUAGAGUCUAAGUUGGGCUGUGUGCGCCUGAGCAUGGGCAGCGCAAUCCGCUGGUACAUGGACAACAUGAAACACACGAAUCUUGGAGAGAAGCUGAAGAGCUACCUUCAGCUGGGCUCCACGGUGCCAAUGGAGAUGUGUAUACAGAUCCUGGAGUCGGUCAUGAUGUCAGAAUCCAUUCAACAGAAAGGGUACAUCCUUGAUGGGUGGCCAUUGACGAUGCAACAUGUUGAGCUGCUGAAGGCCCACAGGAUAUGCCCGUACCUAAUCAUGGAGCUGGAGCUUGGCAUGGAAGAUUCAUUUCAGCGGGCCAGGGCCUCGCGUGUCCCAUAUCCAGAAAACGACAAAGAUAUCCGUAAUGACAGCAGCAGUGCCCUGGAACUGAAGACGGACAGCUACACGAAAGAACUUCUCGACGUUCGCAAUUACUACGAAACAAAACACCGCAACUGGCUGAGGCUAAAUGGCUAUCAGAGUCGGUGGUCGGUGCGCAAGAGGUGCAAGGACCUCGCUGUAGAAGCUAUACAGCGUGUGCAGGCCUACAUUGCACGGCAGCAGGAAGGCAAGGCGGCCCGGAUAGGUGGCUUAUGCGUGACACCGGAGGAGUUCGCCGAGCACGACAAGUGCCACCUGGGCCUGCACUGCCCAGUGAGCUGGGCCAGCGGGGAGCUGCACGACGGCAGUGCCCUGUUCAGUACGGGCGAGGCCAUUGACAUGACCGCUGACUACAUGGGUCGCUAUUACUGCAUGGAUAGCGAGGAGAGCUUGCAGAGAUUUCUAGACGAUCCGGCCAAGUACCUGCCUGGCGAGCCUCUGCCUCCGCAGCACCUGCGGGCGUGUGUGGCCCCUGCUCAAACUGGGACACUGGGCAAUCAACGUCGUCUCGAGGGCAAUGGAAAUUGCCCAGUAACCUAUGCUGAAGUCGGCCGCAAGUCACUGGUGUCCGGCACGCCGGGUCUUGUGCCGGGGAAUCCCAACAUCGUUGCGGAGUAUGAUGGCAAGUUCUACUGCUUUGCUGACAGCGAACAUCGCAAAAGAUUUCUCAGGCGACCUACCGACUACACCAAAUACCGGAUGCCACGGAAAAUGCCUGCCGUCAAGCAGCCUAUCGGCAUCGCCGGCCUUCCCAACCUGGGAUACUUUGAGCAAUCGCUAGCCACAGCACUGAGCCAUGCUAUUGCUGAAGUUGCCCUGGUGAAGCCGAAAUACCCCUUCAUGAGGGCAGAGCAAUCAGCCAAGAUCUUCGUUGCGCUGUACAUGAAAGCUCACAACCCGAACAGCAGCGAGUUCCGCAGGAAGCACUACCAGAGAAAGCUGGAGCGCUUCAGGGAGAUGUGCCAACUGACCGAGAAGGUUGCCCGUCUGAUGCCACGGGAAUACGUCAAGCCAGAAGAACGGUCGCGUGAGCUCGUGCACGCUCUCAAGUCGUUUGUGCAGCUGAAGUCGUCCAAGAUUGAGGACAUCCGCUAACCGGAUAGUUGUCUGGUGAUGUUCCACUGUGACUUGAAUGUGCUGUGGCAUUCCAAACACUGCAUUGCUGUGUGGCAUAGGUUUAACGUUAUUAUCUCCACCUUGUCUGGUAACUAUAUAUUUCACCGAUGUGAGCCAAAGACACACUUGACCCACCACUAUAAUAGAGAAUGAGAAACUUAAAAGUACUUAAUUUGUACAUGUGUUUGGAAUUGGAUACCGAAAUGAUGUUCACAGGAGAUGUUUAUAUUUUUCUGGUGUUGUUUUUUUGUAUCAGAAUUUUGACAACAAUUUGUCAAGAAUUAGAAUAGUGAUUGUGCUGGUUUUAAAAAGUUAGCUCUAGAAACGCAAAGAAAGCACUCCACAAAAAAAUAUCUGCCAAACAGUACUCGACUUCAGCAAGUAUGCUGCAAGUAUGCCCUCUCGACUGAUUCUACUUCACCCC